ACAACACAAAAUUCAUUGAUCAUACAAACAAAUUUGUUAACUUUGUUUGUAAAUUUCCAAUGAUUCAACGGUUUGAUCGGAGUGAUCGCCGGAUUCUGACAUUUCCGGCUGUCCAUCCAUGUGAAGGGAUAUCUCCAGGGAUACUUCUGGAGUCGCUAAUAAAUCUUUCUGGUAGGAUAUGUAGUUUCCGAUCCAAAUAUAUCCCAAGCCAAAGGAAAAAUGCCCGCGAAGUGAUUCGCCAAAUUGGGAUUCUUUUGAUGUUUUUCGAGGAAAUUCGAGAACAUGUUCCUAGCUUGUCCAGCUCCUUUGUCCUCUGCUUUUCUGAACUUCAUCUUACGUUUCAGAAAAUUGAGUUUUUGUUGGAGGAUUGCACGAGAGAAGGAGCUAGAUUGUGGAUACUGAUGAAAUCGCAUUUUAUCACGACUCAAUUUCGGGUUUUGGUAAGAGCAAUGGCUACUGCUCUUGAUGUACUUCCACUGAAAUCUAUUGAUUUGUCACGCGAAGUUAAGGAGCUCGUGGAAUUAGUAGCAACGCAAUCACAGAAGGCAAAAGUGGAGAUUGGUAUUGAGGAUGAGGAAGAACUGAAGAGGGUUAUUGUGAUAUCGAAUCAAUUUGAGAACCGAUUUGAGCCUGAGAGGUGUGUUAUCAAGAAAGUUCUUGAUUUUCUUGAUAUCAGAAGUUGGAAUGAUUGUCAAAAGGAGAUUAAAUUUUUAGAGGAAGAGAUCAGAUUGGAAUUAAAUGAUGGAAAUGUGAGAGAGUUGCCGUUAUUGAGCAGUUUAGUUGGGCUGCUGUGUUAUUCCAGGGGAGUUUUGUAUGAGGAUUAUGAUUAUGGAAAUUCGGAUCAAUCAGAUGAUGGGAGACAUAGCUUGGAAACUCUGACUUGUUUGAAUCCUGAGGACUUCAGGUGUCCCAUAUCAUUGGAGCUGAUGACUGAUCCAGUAACUGUGUCAACUGGGCAGACGUAUGAUCGAAUUUCGAUACAGAAAUGGUUGGGAUCAGGGCAUCUCAUUUGUCCCAAAACGGGGGAGAAGCUGACAAGCACAGAAUUGGUGCCAAAUUCGGCUUUGCUGAAACUUAUCCAGCAGUUUUGUGCUGAUAAUGGGAUUUCUUUGGCUAAAUCAAGGAAGAAAAAUCGCGAUGUAUCGAGGACGAUUGUACCAGGAAGUGCUGCUGCCGCAGAAGCCAUUAGAUUCCUUGCUCAUUUCCUUGCUUGCCGGCUAUGUUUUGGGACUGUUGAUCAAAAGAACAAGGCUGCCUACGAGAUUCGUUUGCUGGCAAAAUCAAACAUUUUCAACAGGUCUUGCAUGAUUGAAGCUGGAACUGUUCCCCCACUUUUAGGACUACUUAACUCUAAGAAUCCAUCUAUGCAAGAGAAUGCAAUGUCUGCUUUGUUGAAGCUGUCAAAGCAUUCCAGUGGUACGAAAGAAAUCAUGGAGAAUUGGGGCUUGAAAUUGAUUCUCAGAGUGCUCAGAAACGGACUCAAAAUGGAAGCUCGACAAACGGCAGCUGCAACACUUUUCUACCUAACCUCAGUUCAUGAAUAUCGUAAACUGAUUGGAGAAACACCUGAUGCAAUUCCAGCUUUGGUAGAGCUCAUCAAAGAUGGUUCUACUUGUGGGAAAAAGAAUGCCGUAGUUGCGAUUUUCGGGCUGCUUUUGUCCCACAGAAAUCAUCAGAGGGUGAUUGCAGCAGGGACAAUUCCAGCACUGGUCAAUCUUUUAGCUAUUUCAGAAAAAGUAGAGCUUACAACAGAUGCAUUAGCAGUCCUCGCAACAUUGGCCGACAGUGUUAAUGGCUCAUCCAAGAUUCUUGAAUCUUCAGCCUUACCUACAGUUUUGGGGCAAUUGCAUUCAACAACAUCUCGAGCAGGAAAAGAGUACUGUCUUUCAAUUCUGCACUCUCUGUGCCUAAAUUGUGGAGCAGAUGUUAUCUCAGUUUUAGCAAAAGAUCAAUCACUCAUGCCUGCUCUUUAUUCACUUGUGACUGAAGGAACAAGUCUUGCAGGCAAGAAAGCUCGAUCCCUUAUCAAAAUCCUGCAUAAAUUCGGCGAAACCAGCUCUUCUGGUUCGAUCAGACAAGUUCUGCCUGGACAGUUUGUUCAUGUUCGGUAAAGCAUGAUAAACUUUCUUGAAUUCAACACAUUUGUAUAUAUCCUUGGUGAACUAGAUGGCUUUCCAAUUUUUUUCUUCACACGGUUUGAUUUUCCUGUAAUAGCUCGAAUUUUCAAGAGCUGAGACUUUGUAAUUAA